UUCCGUCUAUGGUUUACCUCAAGCAGAGGUGUCUGUGUUGCUGUUUGAGUACAACGGUUUGCCCCCUCUUUCUCUUGAUAAGAAGACGUUUUCGUGAGCAAUCGGGGAGAAGCGCAGAGAGACGGCGCCUUACCUUUUGUGUCAUAACAGAAAAGCUAACUGCCCCUUUGCUGCAGCGCGGUCGUUCUAUAAUAGUGGUUCAGCAGUAACAAGAGAGUAAUCGUAGUAGCAGGCAGUCUAUUCUAAUGGUUACUUCUUGUACUGUAGCCAAGGUCAUUCUCGUGGCCAGUUGACGACAGUCGCCGCUGUCGGCUGAUUCGAGAAGCCCAAACGUGUGGUACCUGUCGUUUUUUUGUACGAAUUGAACCUAUUACUUUUGGGGAGCUAAAAGCCGUAUUCACGACAGAAAUAGCCAGUUGGAGUUGUCUUUAUUUUACUUUUUACUGUCGGCGUUGUGCGUAAAGCGGCUGACAUUUUAUGCCAGUCACCCAGAGUGCCGCGAGAGGAAAACAUCAGUGACGACAUUUAGAUUUGGGAAGUGCAGAAUGCUCCUAUCAAGGGCCACGCUUAGCGUAACCAGUGGAGCUGAUCGACGACUGCAAGUCGCGUUGAACCUAGUAAAACUUUUGCUACCACCAAACUCUGUGCGAACUUACGCAGUAUCCGCGAAGCUUGAAAAAGCUGCGGCUCGUCUGAAGACUCUCAGAGAGGAGCCUGAUAAUGACGUGAAACUCAAGAUCUACGCAUUAUUUAAGCAGGCGACUAUAGGUGAUGUGAACGUGCCAAAGCCGGGAGCUUUUGAUUUUGUUGGCAAAGCAAAGUGGGCGGCGUGGAAAGAAAUAGAGGGCACUGCGAAGGAACAGGCUGAAUCACAGUAUAUAGACUUAGUGGACCAGUUGCUAAACGAACAAAAGUCUAGUGAACAAGUUCAGACAAUGGAUUCCGGCUGCGAAGGUCUCGUCAUUACUAAGCAGAAUGGAGUUUUUACGGUUCGUCUCAAUCGACCCAGUAAAAAGAAUUCGCUUUCCUUCGAAAUGUAUAAAGAGAUCACGAGGUUACUCAAAGAGACAGCCAAUGACUCGUCUGUAAACUAUUUUGUGUUGACUGGUACAGCUGAUUACUUCUCAAGUGGAAAUGAUCUCGGAAAUUUUUCUGAGAAACUUAAAACGGGCGCUGAUCUUGUGGUUAUGGCAAAGGAAUCAGCUGACCUCGUAAAGGACUAUAUCGGAGCUUUUAUUGAUUUUCCUAAGCCUAUGGUAGCCCUUGUGAACGGCCCCUCGAUCGGGGUAUCUUGUACCGUUCUUGGACUGUUUGAUUUGGUCUAUGCGUCAGAUGUAGCCACGUUCCAAACCCCGUUCUCGAAAUUGGGUCUCAGUCCUGAGGGCUGUUCUUCUGUCACCUUCCCGCGUAUUCUGGGCGGUCCCUUAGCCGCCGAAGUACUGUUGAUGAAUCGUAUUCUGUCCGCCGCAGAGGCUAAGGCCGCUGGCUUCGUUACAGACGUAUUUCCGGCGGCGAUAUUUGAGGCUGAGUGCGCUAAGCGUAUUGAGUACUUAAGAAAGCAGCCUCCCAAAUCACUUAUGUACUCAAAAAUGCUCAUACGAAAUCCCAUCAAAGCUGAGUUGCACAAGGCAAACGCUGAUGAAUGCCGUCGUCUCGAGGAGCGUUUCCUUUCCGAUGAAGCGAUAAAAGCAGUUACAGCAUUUUUCAAGUCAAAAAACAAACUUUAGUAAGUGCGAGAAUUUUCCUAGCACAGAAGAGUAGUACACUUGUUUGCAAAUAUCGGCGCGGUAUUUUAUUACUAACAAUUCUAGGUCUACGAAAGAGAGACACGCAUUUUGUAUUUGGCGUGUACAAUUUUACUAAUUCAUCCGUUCGGUACACAUUAUGUAAGAAGUAUACUAACCUAUAUAUGAAACGACUAGGCUUUGCUAGCCGCUUUUGAGUGCGGUUUUAGACAUGGAAGGGACUAACUUUUAUCAUUUUUACUCUGUACACAGGUGCAUUAUAAUGUCAAUACUAGUUAUAAGCACAAUAAAUGAUCUACUUUAAGCUUUAAA